GCGGCAGGAGGGCCAGCGCCCAUCGACGCCUCGGCGUGGGGGGCCUGGGCAAGCGUCGUGUUGGCGAUGCCGGCGGCAGGGAGGGGAUGCUCGAGGCACAAGGUGCCGGUGCGGCCGGUGCUGGGGCUUUCCUGCCGUGGGAAGGGGCCCGGGGGUGCCCCCUGCCCGGUUCCGGGUCGGGCCCCACAUCACGGCGCCGGCCGCCAAGGGUUAAUGCCGUGUGUGUUCUGGGAAGCGGGGCUGGGAGGUGCGUGACCCGGGGUGUGGGCGUCGACUCCUUUUGAGGUGGGAUCCUGCGCUCAAGUGCAGCGGGGAGCGGGGCCAAGUUCACACAGCACCCUGCCUUCCCCUGCCUGCGCCAGCGCCGCCAGCCCGGCCGCGGUGCCGACCCCUCCGGGACCCCUGCCAGGUGAGGAUGAUGGCCAGCCCGGAGGACGACCUCAUCGGCAUCCCCUUCCCCGAGCACAGCAGUGAGCUGCUGAGCUGCCUGAACGAGCAGCGGCAGAUGGGGCUGCUCUGCGAUGUCACCAUCAAGACCCAGGGGCUGGAGUACCGAACCCACCGCGCUGUCCUGGCCGCCUCCAGCCGCUACUUCAAGAAGCUGUUUGCGGGGCCGGGGCCGGGGCAGGAGGUCUGUGAGCUGGACUUUGUGGGGCCGGAGGCUCUGGGUGCGCUGCUGGAGUUUGCCUACACGGCUACGCUCACCAUCAGCAGCGCCAACAUGGGUGAGGUGCUGCGCGCCGCGCGGCUGCUGGAGAUCCCCUGCGUGAUCGCUGCCUGCGUGGAGAUCCUGCAGGGCAGCGGCAUGGAGGCGCCGGGCCCCGAUGAUGGAGACUGCGAGCGCGCCCGCCGGUACCUGGAGGCCUUCGCGGCGCUGCCCGAGGGGGAGCUCCUGGCACCGCCACCAUCGCGCCCGGCCGCGCGCCGCAGCAAGAAGACCCGCAAGUUCCUGCAGACCCGCGGCGCUCGGCUCAACAACCACACCGAGGAGCCGGCCGCCGAGGCCGAAGGCUGCGCCAGCCCCCAGCCGCCCCCCCAGCCGCCAUCGCCCCCCCUGCCCGAGGGGCUGCCUCUGCCCUACGACAGCUUCGAGCUGCCCGAGGAGGAGGAGCUGCCUCCGCAUCCCUUCCCCUUCCCAUACCAGCCUCCCCUGUCCCCCGAGGAGGCUGCCUCCGAUGAGGACGCCAUUGACCCUGACCUGAUGGCGUACCUGAGCUCGCUGCACCACGAGUCGCUGGCGCCGGGGCUGGAUACACCCGACAAGCUGGUGCGGAAGCGCCGCUCGCAGAUGCCCCAGGAGUGCCCCGUCUGCCACAAGGUCAUCCACGGGGCCGGGAAGCUGCCCCGGCACAUGCGCACGCACACGGGGGAGAAGCCCUUUGCCUGCCAGGUCUGCGGGGUCCGCUUCACAAGGAACGACAAGUUGAAGAUCCACAUGCGCAAGCACACGGGCGAACGGCCCUACUCCUGCCAGCACUGCAGCGCCCGCUUCCUGCACAGCUACGACCUGAAGAACCACAUGCACCUGCACACGGGCGCCCGGCCCUACGAGUGCUACCUCUGCCACAAGGCCUUCGCCAAGGACGACCACCUCCAGCGGCACCUCAAGGGCCAGAACUGCCUCGAGGUGCGGACCCGGCGCCGGCGCCGCGAGGAGCCCCCUCCGCCGCAGGAGGGUCCCCCCGGCCUCGACCUGUCCAACGGGCGGCUGGAGGGGCUGCGCCUCUCCUUCGCCCGCUACUGGGGGCCGGGAAGGAUCAAGGAGGAGGAAGAGGAGCCGGAGGGUGAGGAAGGGCCGCAGCCGGACGGCGCCGUGAAGGUGGAGUCGGCAUAGGGCGGCUGUGGCAGCGGGUGAUGGUCGGUGCCGCACCCGCCGCGUGUUCUGUGCCCGUUUAUCCCGUCACGGUUCAUUCCCAGUUAUGCAAAGGGGGAAACUCCCCCCUGGCCGAUUUGCACAAAGGGGGGGGGGGGGGUUCCCCGCUGCCCUCCCCCCCCACCGCCGGACCCGGGACCCCCCUCGGGGGUCUGCGAGGAGUUGGGGGGAGGCAAAGCGGGACCGGGGUGACCCCCCCCACCCCUCCGGGGACAAACCCCCUCAACAUCAGCGGGGCCGGGACCGGGCUGGGGCCCCCACGGACCGACCCCUGCGCCCCCCAACCGGGGAGCGCACCCCCUGGCGGCCCCGCCCCGCGCUGCGC